UCUCUUUUGAGUUUACUGGUGCGAUAUCCGAUGAUACUCCAAGCGACGUCCUCUGGUUCUUCUCUCUUUUCUCCUUUUCUCGCUUGCAACAGAAUCAAUUAUUUUCUCUGCUGUAAAGGACGCCGUAGCAUUCGAAUUUCUCGUUGGCAUUUCAAACCUCGACAUUUUGCAGUUGCUGCAUCAGAGAAUGGUGUCUUCACCUCUCCAGAGAUUGCAAAAUCUUUCGACUUUACUGCAGAAGAGCGCAUAUAUAAUUGGUGGGAGUCUCAAGGGUAUUUUAGGCCAAACUUUGAUCAGGGAACUGAGCCUUUUGUUAUAUCAAUGCCACCUCCUAAUGUUACAGGAUCUCUGCACAUGGGGCAUGCGAUGUUUGUGACUCUUGAGGAUAUUAUGGUUAGAUACCACCGCAUGAAGGGAAGGCCAACGCUUUGGCUUCCUGGCACUGAUCAUGCUGGUAUAGCAACUCAGUUGGUUGUUGAAAGAAUGCUUGCAUCUGAAGGAAUAAAAAGGACUGAAUUGAGUAGAGAGGAAUUCACAUACCGAGUUUGGCAGUGGAAAGAGAAGUAUGGGGGAACCAUCACAAAUCAGAUCAAGAGACUUGGUGCUUCUUGUGACUGGACUAGAGAACACUUCACCCUAGAUGAACAGCUAAGUCGAGCUGUUAUUGAGGCAUUUGUCAGGCUUCAUGAGAAAGGUUUGAUUUACCAAGGGUCAUACAUGGUGAAUUGGUCUCCUGCUCUUCAGACUGCUGUUUCUGAUUUGGAAGUGGAAUAUUCAGAAGAGUCUGGUUAUUUGUAUUAUAUCAAAUACCGUGUUGCUGGAGGUUCAAGGAGUGACUUCUUGACAGUGGCUACAACACGACCAGAGACUUUAUUUGGUGAUGUAGCUCUUGCGGUGAAUCCAAAGGAUGAGCGAUAUUCCAAGUAUAUUGGUCAGAUGGCAAUUGUGCCUAUGACAUUUGGACGUCAUGUUCCUAUUCUUUCAGACAAGCAUGUUGCUAGAGAGUUUGGAACAGGAGUACUGAAAAUUAGUCCUGGACAUGAUCAUGAUGAUUACUUACUUGCUCGAAAGCUUGGUCUUCCAAUACUUAAUGUGAUGAACAAGGAUGGGACACUUAAUGAGGUUGCUGGCUUGUACAGAGGCCUUGAUCGGUUUGAGGCUCGAAAGAGAUUAUGGGCAGAGCUUGAGGAGGCAGGAUUAGCUGAGAAAAAGGAGCCACAUACUUUACGUGUUCCCAGAUCUCAGCGUGGUGGAGAAGUUAUAGAGCCACUUGUUAGUAAACAGUGGUUUGUUACUAUGGAGCCUCUUGCUGAAAAAGCUCUUCAAGCGGUUGAAAAGGGAGAGCUGACCAUAAUUCCUGAAAGAUUUGAGAAGAUUUAUAAUCACUGGCUUUCCAACAUUAAGGAUUGGUGUAUAAGCAGACAACUAUGGUGGGGACACCGGAUACCUGUUUGGUACAUUGUUGGAAAAGAAAAUGCAGAGGAAUAUAUAGUUGCUAGAAAUGCUGAUGAAGCACUGGAGAAGGCUCAUGAAGCAUAUGGGAAUAAUGUAGAAAUAUAUCAGGACCCUGACGUUCUUGACACUUGGUUUUCAAGUGCACUGUGGCCUUUUAGCACCCUUGGAUGGCCAGAUCUGUCUGCUGAGGAUUUUAAACGAUUCUAUCCAACUACAAUGCUUGAGACAGGGCAUGAUAUUCUGUUCUUCUGGGUGGCAAGGAUGGUAAUGAUGGGGAUUGAGUUCACAGGAACAGUUCCAUUUUCGCAUGUUUAUUUGCAUGGACUCAUCAGGGAUUCACAAGGGAGAAAAAUGUCUAAAACACUGGGAAAUGUGAUAGAUCCUCUUGACACAAUCAAAGAUUUUGGGACGGAUGCUUUACGAUUCACAUUGGCUUUAGGAACAGCUGGGCAGGACCUUAAUUUGUCAACUGAAAGGUUGACCUCCAACAAGGCCUUCACAAACAAAUUGUGGAAUGCUGGCAAAUUUAUAUUACAAAAUUUACCUAAUCAGCAUGAAACACCUGCUUGGGGAAACAUAUUGGCUUAUAAGUUCGACAGAGAAGAUUCAGUGUGUAAUCUACCAUUACCAGAGUGUUGGGUGGUGUCAAAACUUCACGUGCUUAUUGAUUCUGUGACUGCAAGUUAUGACAAAUUUUCCUUUGGAGAAGUAGGAAGAGAAAUAUAUGAUUUCUUUUGGAGUGAUUUUGCUGAUUGGUACAUCGAAGCUAGCAAGGCUCGGCUUUACCAGUCAGGAGAUAACGCAGUUGCUUCAACAGCACAGGCUGUUCUGCUUUACACUUUCGAGAAUAUUCUCAAAAUGCUGCAUCCUUUCAUGCCAUUUGUAACGGAGGAGCUAUGGCAGGCACUUCCUAAUCGUAAGAAAGCUCUUAUUGUGUCACCUUGGCCUAAGACUCGACUUCCGAGGGACAAUAGCUCAAUAAAAAAGUUCAAAAAUUUGCAAGCUUUGGUAAGAGCCAUCAGAAAUGCUCGGGCAGAAUAUUCUGUUGAGCCUGCAAAACGUAUAUCAGCAUCUGUAGUUGCAAGCGACGAAGUUAUCCAAUAUAUAUCUAAAGAAAGAGAUGUUGUAACGCUUCUCUCUCGCCUCGAUGUGCAAAAACUUCAUUUUACAAAUUUCCUUCCAGGGGAUGCAGAUCGAUCGGUUCACCUAGUGGCUGGUGAGGGACUAGAGGCAUAUCUCCCUUUAGCUGAUAUGGUUGAUAUAUCAGCAGAAGUUCAACGUCUUUCCAAGCGUCUUUCCAAAAUGCAGAAAGAGUAUGAUGGUUUCGUAGCCAAACUCAGUUCUCCUAACUUUGUAGAGAAAGCCCCGGGGGAUGUGGUCCAAGGAGUAAGAGAAAAGGCAGCAGAAGCAGAAGAAAAGAUCACUCUGACCAAAAACCGCCUCGAGUUUCUGAAAUCUAAUGUUCUAGUUUCAAAGUAGGUUUCCCCUGGCGGGUGCACUUCACGUUACGAUCUUUUGACUCAACUCAUGGUGGAAUAUUACUGUUCACUCCAGCCAUGUUAGGGUGCUUGCCCUUACCAAUUUGAUGGAUGGCUGAUGAAAGGAUCAGUUUGUUGGCGGCAGUUUUGCUAAUGCAGUGAAAACCCUUUAUAGAUCACCAAUUUAUUCAAACUCACUAGUUAGAAUCAACGAAGUCAGAAAAUGUAGAUAAUCAUGUGGUUUUCCUAUUCUGCUGUUGGUCAAGAAAAAGUCCCAGUGAAUAGGUUUUCCAAAAUUUUUGUUGUCGUGGGCAUUGAUAUUCUGCAUCAGUCCAUUUACAAUUAUCAGUACCACAUAACACUGGACGUACUGUUAUAACCGCCAUAUUAUCAUUAUCCCAUUUUUUUACUUUUUCCUACCAAUUGUCAAUAAUUUUUCACUUGUGAUUGAUAGUUUGAUAUCUCACGCAAUGUGCCAAGAGGCUUCAUGUCCCGAGUUCCUAA